CUCACACAAAAAAAAAAUCGAUCUCCUGUUAGACGAGAGAAGCUCUGGUUGCUGCAAAGAUGGCUAAUAGGUAAGAGAAACAUUUAUUUUUUUUACUUAUAUUCUUCAAAUGUUGUUAUGAUUUUGUUUAGUAAUUAGUGAGUUUGUUCUUUUAUGUAGUGAUUUUAGAAGAUUUGAAUUAGUCGUUCGGUGGAAAUUGGAGAAAGUAGAGGAUAAUUUGGGCCUCCAUUUCAUUGGUGGUGAAGUUUCCAGAUGACGUUGCCAUCCAGGGUGACAUAUCACAAACUUUAUGAGAAUCUAAUUCAGAGAAUAUGACGUAAAGAUGAAGCAGUGCAAGAUAGUGAUGUGAUCAUAGGUUUCACUUGUUGUCUUCCAGAAUGGUAGAAUGGUGUUUUAUUUCAUUAUGCGAUGCCUAUUGUGGAUGAUGAUAGUUUGAAUGCGCUUUGGAAUUUUAUGGCACAAAACCCUUAUUGUUUAGGUGCUGAGAUACAUGCUGAGCUCAAUGAGCAUCAAGGUGAAGAGGAAGAAGAUGAGAUAUGGAGCGUCCCAUACGAUCAUGAUGAUGAUCAUAGAGAGGAGGAGGAGGAGGAUGAAGAUGGGGAAGGAGAGAAGCCUAAUUAUCCUUCCUAUUUUUACUUGCAGGAUAAUGAGGAGGAGGACGAAUUGUCAUUUGCUGAUUCAUAUGGCGUAGUUCCAAUGCCUAUGGUUGGUGGUUUUGAAGGAGAAUUCUACAAGGAGCAGAUAUUUCACUCGAAACAAGCUGUACAUGUGGCGAUUAAACACCACGCACUACAACGCAACUUUCAGUAUGUCGUGGUGUAGUCGUCAAAGAAAAUCUGGAAGGUCAAAUGCUUGAAGCACAUGGAGGACAAUUUUCCUUGGAUGGUGCGGUUUGGAAGUCGAGAUGUUGGAGGCGAAUGGACUGUGAGAAAGGCCGAGAUGGUGCAUUCUUGUAGCUCUACGACUCAACCGACGGAUCAUCGCCAUCUUGAUGUCGACGUUAUAUCUGAGUCCGUGAAACAUUUGGUACGUGCCCAACCUAAUCUGAGUGUUCUAAGUAGAGGUGGCAAUUGGAUCGGAUUCGUGGAUUGGAUUGGUGGAUCCAUGGAUCAAAUGGAUUGGAUCCAAUGGAUUGGUGGAUUGAUCCAUGAAUCCAAAUGAUAUCCAAGGCUUGGACCAAAAUGUAAAAUUUGAAAAGUUUUGGUACUAAAAUGUCAUAAUUAAAAAUUUUAGGUACCAAAAUGUAAUUUUCCAAUGAUAUUUUUCGUAUAAAAAUAUAAAUUUUAGGUACCAAAAUGUAAAAUAUAAAAAAUAUAGGUACCAAAUCAUAAUUUACCAUUUGGAUUCAUGGAUUGGUCCAUGAAUCCACCAAUCCAAUUGGAUUUGGAUCAAAUGGAUUGGAUUUAAAUGGAUUGGAUUAGGUGGAUAAUUUGGUGGAUGGAUUGGAUUGGAUUCAUGGAUUUGGAUCCUAAUUGCCACCUCUAGUUCUAACAGUGCAGGCCGAGUUGAAAGAUAAGUUUAAUAUGCAAGUUACGUACAAGAAGGCUUGGUAUGGGAAACAAAGAGCAUUGGAGAAGUUGCAUGGAAAUUGGGAAGAAUCCUACGAUUAUUUGUAAACAUUCUUGCGGUUGCGGGUGGUAAAGAGAAAAAUGCCUACAUCGGUGAUUGAUUUGGUAAGAGUUCCUUCAGCUCAACCAGGUCAUUUGAUCUUUCAGCGAGUAUUUUGGGCUUAUGGAUCUUGUAUAGAUGGAUUCAAGAAUUGUCCAGGAGUCAUGGUUGUUGAUGGAAAUUUUCUUACUGGAAAGUAUAAAGGAGUGCUACUGAUGGCGAGCUCAUUUGAUGGCCGAAAGAAGAUUAUUCCAAUAGCAUUUUCCAUCGUGGAGAACGAGAAUACUGAAAGUUGGCCAUGUUUCAUAAGUCGCGUUCAAGGUUUGAUCGAUCGAAAUGAUGUAUGCAUUAUCUCAGAUAGACAUGCGGAACUCUAUCAAGCCGUGAGUGACAUCGGAAGAGGCUGGGAGCAAUGCAGUCAAAAGCGCGAUUCUACCUAGAAGCGGAAAAGGGAUAAAAUCGUAAAGCGUAGAAUCAAAGCGUAAGUUUUUG